CUUCCAAUCCACUCAUUACUAUGUUUCCAUAACAAGAUUCUCAAGAAUGAAGUCACAAGGACUGCAGUGAGAGUUGUUCGUCGUCGGAAAUUCGAGCUGUCCCUUGUAUCUGACGUAUUUGUCAACGCGCUUGCCUUCGACAUGGCCAUCCGCGCAAUGCUUGACAAAGUCUUUCAAUUCUAG